ACUCCACACAGAAAGGCCCUCGCCGGCCACGGGGCUCGAACCCGGACCUUCUUGCUGUGAGGCGACAGCGCUAACCACUACGCCGCCGUGCUGCCGGGGUGUAGUGCAGUGCUGUGCUGUUACAGUAAAAUAAUAAACAGCAGAGCGACAUCAUGAAGUCGAGUCUCUCUCCCUGCAUUCUCAUGGUGAUGAGUUUCCGAUAACACCAUGGCCUGAAGUGUUUUGUUCCCCUUGUACAGACACCACAAAUUAUUGCAUUGUUCUUGAUGAAAGAGUUGCAUCACUUUAUUUAAUCUGUUUUUAGUGACGUUUUAUGUUGUGGAACAUUCAGGAAACAAGUUCUCUAUUUGGUUAUAGUCUCUCUCUCAUUCUCUCUCUCCCUCACUAUCUCUCUCUCUCUCUCUCCCCCAAUUAUCUGUCACUCUCUCUUGUGCUCUCGCUUUCUCUUGCGCUGUGUCUCUCUCUCUCUCUCAUGCUCUCGCUUUCUCUCUCUUGCGCUCUCAUUUUCUUUCUCUCUCGCGCGCUCGUUUUCUCUCUCGUGCCCUCGUUUUCUCUUUUGCACUCUCGUUUUCUCUCUUGCACUCUUGUUUUCUCUCUCUUGCACUCUCGUUUUCUCACUCUUGCACUCUCGUUUUCUCUCUCCUGCACUCUCGUUUUCUCACUCUUGCACUCUCGUUUUCUCUCUCCUGCACUCUCGUUUUCUCACUCUUGCACUCUCGUUUUCUCUCUCCUGCACUCUCGUUUUCUCUCUCUUGCACUCUCGUUUUCUCUCUCUUGCACUCUUGUUUUCUCACUCUUGCACUCUCGUUUUCUUACUCUUGCACUCUCGUUUUCUCACUCUUGCACUCUCGUUUUCUCUCUUGCAUUCUCAUUUUCUCACUCUCUUGCACUCUUGUUUUCUCUCUCUCUCGUGCGCCGUCAUUUUCCUCUCUCUCGUGCGCCCUCGUUUUCUCUCUUUCCUGCACCCUCAUUUUGUCUCUCUUGUGCUCUCUCUCUUACACUCUCGUUUUCUCUCUCUCGCUCUCUCUUGCACUCUUGUUUUCUCUCUCUCUUGCACGCUCACUUUCUCUCUUUUGCACUCUCGUUUUCUUUCUCUCUCGCACUCUUGCUUUCUCUCUCUCUUGCGCUCUCACUUUCUCUCUCUUGCACUCUCAUUUUCGCUCUCUUGCGCUCUCGCUCUCUCUCGCACUCUCGUUUUCACUGUCUUGCGCUCUCUCGCACUCUCGUUUUCUCUUUCUCUCUCUCUUGCGCUCUCGUUUUCUCUCUCUCUCUCUUGCACUCUCACUGUUUUGCGCUCUUGCUUUCUCUCUCUCUCUCCCUGUCGCUUUCUCUGGUUGCGCUGGUUAAGGAUCCAGUCACUGUUCCAGCAGCUGUGUAACAGGGAAGUUCGGGGUCCAGAUGGAAUCUCUGCCCGCCUUUUAAAAACGUGUGCAGAGGAGCUUGUCCCAGUCCGGUGUCCUCUCUUUCAGCGAUCACUUGACUCCCACACUGUCCCAGCCCCUUGGAGAAAGACCGUCACCACUCCAGUCCCUCAGAAGCCUUGUCCCAUAGGGAACAGUGAUUUUAGGCCUGUAGCACUGACAUCCAUUGUAGUGAAACGUUUCGAGAAAUAUAUGGUGUCUCUUUUAAAAACGGAGGUAAACCAGGAUUUCGUCCCCUGGCAGUUUGCCUACAAACGGGGUCAGAGUACGGAUGACGCUGUAAGUAGCAUCACCUACAUCGUCCUAAAACACCAUGAGGACACUAAGGCCUAUGCACGUCUACUUUUAUAGAUUUUAGUUUGGCGUUUCAUACCAUUCAGCCCUUUCUACUGUUGGAGACACUGAAAAAGAUGGGUGUGAGCUCUUUUAUUGUUAAAUGGUAUUAUUCUUUUUUAAUUAACAGGAUGCAGUGUGUGAGGGUUCAUACAGCAGUCUCGGACCCCAAAUCCAUCAGCACGGGCUCCACAAGGGGUGUGUGAGCUCGCCUGUCCUUUUCACUAAUACCAAUGAGUGUGUCUGUGAUGCAGUGACUGGAGCCCAAGAUGAAUUUCCCCUUUGGGGACAAUAAAGUAU